AUGCCUCGUCCCGUGGGGUUCACCGCUGAGGACGAAGGCGCCAAGAAGAAGUGGGACGCGUGGAAACGGGAGCUGGGGGUGCUGAAGACCGAGGCCAAGCGGCGGUAUAUCGCCUACUUGAUCGAGACGAUGAAAGUGUAUGCGCUGGGAACGCCGGAAGCGCGUGAGCUAUUGGCAGAAUUAGAGUUUCUUUGGGAUCAGAUCAAAGACCUUCCCGAUGAGGAACUAGUGGUGCUGGCGCCUCACCACGACUACCCGUUGCCGCCGCGGCUGCCGCUGUUCUCUCAGUACCUGGGAGGCACCAAUUCGGUGUACCGCAACAAUUUGCAGAGGAUAUACUCGCACCUGCGGCGGCUGAUCGCUCUGGACGACCGUGGGUUUGGUGGCUCGCUAGUGGCGCCCCUGGUGUACCACCUGGCGCUCUCCCACGCCCAGCAACAAGCGCAACAACAGCAACAGCUUCAACAACCACCCCAGCAGACCAUCGAGGAGUUCCGCAAUUGGCAGCGGGAGAUGAACGUGGUGGUGAAUAAGCUUACGAGGGAAUACGUCCACCAGCGGCGCCACCUGGUGCUGAGCGGGAGGGGAACCCCCGAGGAUGAAGUCGAUGCCUAUACCAUCUUGAGACAGCGGUUACGGCGGUGGGCACGCAUGCUUGCCGGCUACGGGUGGCGUUUACUCAAGAGCUUCUCCCUCUCCGUGUUGGCAGUAUUAUUUGUGGUGUGGUGCUUAAAGAAGAACGUCCACGUCAAGCGCACGGUGGUGCUGCUGUCCGAGGGUGGGCGUCGCCAUAAGGAGUUGGUGAUCAACAUGGUGGUGCUGGACGAGAACAAGUGGUUCUUGCGGUUGUUGCGGUUCAUGAACGCGUUCGUCGGGUUUGUCUAG